UCUGUGAGAGUUUUUGAGUAGUGGAGAAGAAGAAGAAGAUGGAAGAAUAUCCAGAAGAAAUGCGUAGUCCGCCGGUGAGUCUGGUCUCCGUCGUCGGAUGCCCGGACCUCCACGCCUCCAUCUCCACACACCUCCACUCCCUCGACCCUCCGAUCAACACUUUAGCCUUGCCGGACCUCUCCAAGGUCUCUCUCCUCCUACCUCCCCCAAAGCCCAGCCCCUCCGACGCUCCUACCGCCGGAAUCCUGAAGCGCGAUUGGCUUCUCAAGCACCGCACCAAAGUCCCCGCCGUCGUCGCCGCCCUCAUCUCCUCGGAUCGCGUCUCCGGCGACCCGGCCCAGUGGCUCGAGCUCUGCUCCGAACUCGACAAUCUCAAGGGACUCAUCCGCGGCCGCAGCACCAAAUUGGUCAUCGCCGUCGUCCACUCCAGCUCCACUGAUGAAAUCUCAGAGGAUCAAAUGGUUGCGGUGCGAAAACGAGCUGAAGUAGAUGCCAAGUAUCUUGUCACAUUUUACACAGAUGAAGAGUCUCAGACUAAGCAAUCUCUGUUUAGAUUGGGAAGUGUAUUUGCUGAGCUAGCCGGCACGUAUUACAGAGAUGAAGGAAGGAGGAUUAAAGCUCGCAUUGAGAGGAAGAGUUCCGGUCCUACUGACUUGAACAUUCGAUAUUCCUUCAAAGUUGCUGUAUUUGCGGAAUUCAGAAGAGAUUGGGUGGAAGCUUUACGUUUUUAUGAGGAUGCUUAUCACAUGCUAUGCGAGGUGAGUGCCGGGGCGUCAACUAAGUUGUCAGUCAUUCAGCGGUUAGUGGAGAUAAAAACUGUUGCCGAGCAAUUGCAUUUCAAAAUUGCAACUUUGCUAUUGCAUGGUGGAAAGAUUGUGGAAGCCAUUACGUGGUUCCGCCAACACAAUGCUUCAUACAAAAAGCUCAGAGGAUCACCAGAAGCUAUAUUUCUUCACUGGGAGUGGAUGAGUAGACAGUUCUUGGUGUUUGCCGAGUUGCUAGAGACAAGUUCAGCAGCCGUUCAGAGCAGUUCACAUAUAACUGCAGGCACUGGAGAUAGACCCUUGACUGAGUGGGAGUUUCGGCCGGCUCAUUAUUAUCAGCUAGCUGCUCAUUACUUGAAGGAGAAGAGAUCAUCUUUGGAAUUUGCAGUUUCUAUGUCAGAAGGUGAUAUUGAUUGUAGUGCUGAAUCUGUGGCUCCCUCAUCCUAUCUGGGUCAGUUUGCUCGAUUGAUUGAACAAGGAGAUGCAUUUGUCAUGCAGCCCCUUACUGAUGAAGAGUAUGUGCGAUAUGCAAUUUCUGAAGGGAAAAGGUUCCAAGAUUCCUUUGAAAUUAUAGCUUUACUCAAAAAAUCUUGUGAAUCCUACAAUAAUCUUAAAGUCAGGAGAAUGGCUUCGUUUUGUGGGUUCCAGAUCGCCCGAGAAUAUUAUGCUGUAGAUGAUUUUAACAACGCAAAACUACUUUUCGAUGACAUUGCAAGUCUAUACAGGCAAGAAGGAUGGGUCACUUUGCUGUGGGAGGUAUUAGGUUACCUACGUGAAGGUUCAAAGAAACAAAGCAAAGUUAAAGAAUUUAUAGAGUACUCAUUCGAGAUGGCUGCACUCCCUAUAUCAGCUGAUACUGGUAUUCAGUCAUUCCGAUUUGAUGAAUCUGGUCCAGCUGGGCUGGCUACUCUCCAACAAAGAGAAACAAUACAUAAAGAAGUUUUUGGGCUUGUUAGUGAAACACUGGGGUUGGCAUCUAUUGGAAACGGUGAUGAUGUCAAAAUAUGCGACAACAAUCCACUUCACCUUGAAAUCGAUCUCGUCAGUCCCCUUAGAUUGGUACUCCUUGCAUCAGUGGCUUUUCAUGAACAAAUAACCAAGCCUGGCUCGUCCACAUUGGUUACACUGUCACUCUUGUCACAGUUACCACUUACGUUUGAGAUUGAUCAAUUAGAAGUCCAGUUCAAUCAGUCUCAUUGUAACUUCAUCAUCAUGGAUGCCCGAAAGCCUCAUGUUGCUUCCUUGACAGAUGGUCAAUCAGGUCGCCGCAGAGAGACAGCUCCAUCUUUGCGACUUUCUACAAACAAAUGGCUCCGGCUAACAUAUGACAUCAAAUCUGAUCAAAGUGGAAAGCUAGAAUGCAUAUCAAUUAUUGCCAAAAUGGGACCGCACUUUACUAUCUGUUGCAGAGCUGAAAGUCCGGCUUCAAUGGAUGAUUUGCCUCUGUGGAAAUUUGAAGACCGUGUGAUUACCUAUUCGACCAAGGACCCUGCUCUUGCAUUUUCUGGUCAGAGAGCAAUUCAAGUUGAAGAACCAGACCCGGAAGUGGAUCUUGCUUUAGGUGCUUCGGGCCCUGCAUUAAUCGGAGAGAGCUUCAUAGUACCUGUUACUGUUACAUCCAAGGGUCAUGAGGUUAAUUCAGGUGAAUUGAAGAUCAAUCUGGUGGAUGUUAGGGGAGGUGGUUUGUUUAGUCCAAGGGAUGCAGAACUAUCUGCAGAGAGUCAUCACGUUGAACUUCUUGGUGUAUCUGGAUCAGAAGGAGAAGAUGAAUCACAAGUGAGUACUGAUGAAAUUAAGAAAAUUCAAAAGGCUUUCGGAUUGGUUUCUGUUCCUAAUCUCAAAAGUGGAGACUCAUGGUCGUGCAAAUUGGAAAUCAAGUGGUACAGACCCAAACCAAUUAUGCUAUAUGUUUCACUGGGAUAUGCUCCAGAGAAUAAAGAAUCAAACACACAUAAAGUUAAUGUGCACAAGAGCUUGCAGAUUGAAGGAAAGAAUGCAAUCACAAUUAGCCAUAGCCUUAUGCUUCCAUUCCGCAGGUACCCGUUGUUGCUUUCUAGGACAAAACCAGUUCCUGAUUCUGAUCAGUCAGUGUCAAUGCCUUUAAAUGAAACAAGUGUACUCAUCGUUAGUGCUAAGAAUUGCUCCGAGGUGCCACUUCAAUUACUAUCCUUUUCUAUUGAAGGAGAUAAUGAUGACACAGAAAGUUCAUGUUCUUUGCAUGGGAGUGAGGACCUUUUAAAACCUGCUCUUCUUGUUCCUGGAGAAAAGUUCAAGAAGGUGUACACUGUCACUUCUGAGAUGAAUUCUUCAAAGCUUAAAUUGGGUAAUGUGUGCCUUAAAUGGAGAAGGAAUUCUGGUACAACCGAGCAAGCUGAUUCUGUGGCUCCAGUUAUAACUAACCACCGACUUCCUGAUGUGAAUCUGGAACCAUCACCUCUUGUUGUGAGUUUGGAGUGUCCUCCUUAUGCAAUCCUUGGGGAGCCUUUCACAUAUUAUGUUAAAAUUCAGAACCAAACAGAACUGCUUCAAGAGGCCAAAAUUUCCCUGGCGGAUGCUCAAAGUUUUGUAAUAUCUGGGUCUCACAGUGACACCGUAUAUAUUCUUCCAAAAUCUGAGCACAUCAUCAGUUACAAGCUUGUCCCGCUUUCCUCAGGUGCGCAGCAGCUACCCAGAUCCACUUUAACGGCAGUCAGAUAUUCAACUGGUUUUCAGCCUUCAAUUGCUGCAUGUACUAUUUUCGUCUUCCCCUCACAGCCUCAUUUUAAGAUGUUUGGUAUGGGAGAUGACAGCAAGGAAACCGUGGUGGCUGAAUGAUGGCUCUCUAUUCGAUAUACUUUUCUGAAGAUAUAAGCGCAGCCAUGCUGCUAAGUGGUCAUCAGGAUGGGUUCAGCAGAUUGCUGGGUGCAUGGUGUUGGAUUGAUGUACCUUCUUCAAUUGUGGGUUAUUCUGCUUUAAGUCUGAACCCCGGACAUAAUGUCCGAAUAAGGUAUACGAUUGUAAUGAGAUGGAAACCCGGUAGUAUAGACCCCUAUAGAAGUUUCUACAUCUCAAGCCUGUGGUGUACACAGCACGUAGUGGAGAAAACAGACAUUAUCUACAUGAUCUUUGAGGUG